CAUUGGUUGUUAGGGACGCCUGGCUCGUUGCUAACCGGAACGAGACAAACUACUUCCAGGUUAAGAAAGUAAACGCACAUCCACGUGAAUUAUCAGAGAGUAAAAAAGCACUCUGUUCAUUUCAUGUUUCAGACGGAUUCAGAUGAGGAAGUGAUCUUUGUUUCUGAAAAGUCUGCACCUAAAUCCAGUGAGAUUACCAUUGAUCAGGCGAAGCGACUGGCCCUGCAAAGAGAGAUUGAUCAGGAGUCCCAGCCCAAGCAGUCAGCCAAAACGCUGAAAAGCCAGAGGUCUGUUGCUGUGGAGCGGUCAGAAGGAAAAGUGAAAAUGAAGAUGGAGGAUGAGAAGAAUGAGAAUCCUGUAAAGAAAGAGAAGAAACAAAAGACACGACAAGCCUCUCUAGCUAAAAACAAAAACUGCACUGUUGAUGACGGGAGCUUAGCAGAAGUGAAAAAAGAAAAGAAGAAAGGCAAAAGAGUUGAGGCAGUGGUUAACGAAGAGGAGUCUUGGGAUGGAGGUGGUGAACAGGAAAAGAAGAAGAAGAAAAAGAAGAAGGAGAAAGUAAUCACUGACUCUUUAAAUGAUGCCAAUGGUUCUGAUGUCAUGGAUGGAAAUGACGGAGUGGUCAGCAAAAAGAAGACAAAAAAGAAAAAGCUGGCUGAGAAUGAGAAUGGACAGGACUCGGUACAAGAAAACGGUGAGGAAAAGAGUCAGAAGAAGGAUAAAAAAGUACAGAAUAAGGCUUCACAAAUUCAACCAGAAAAUAUAAAAAUAGAGGAAGAGGAGGAGAAUGUGCCAAAGAAGGUAAAGAAAGAAAAAAAUAAGAUGGUAGUUGCGAGCACAGAGGAGACUGAGGAGCACAUUAAAGAAAGGAAAAAGAAGAAAAACAAAACUGCUGAAGAAGUUGAAAUAAAUGUAACGAAAAAGAAAACUAAAGUAGCUGAGAACGGAGUGAAGUUAGAAACACCAGAGGGAGACGUGGAUGAGGUUGAGGAGGUGAAAGUGAAAAAGAAGAAAAAGAAAGAAGUCAAAACCGAACAUAAAGCUGCAACUAAAGAAGAUGAAAGUGAAGUAGAAACACAGGAAAUCAAAGACAACAAAAAGAAGAAAAGAUCAGCAUCAGACAAAGAUAAGCCUGAAGCUGCAAUUAAGGAGGAAAUGGAAGAGAGAGACAAGAGAAAAGACAAAUCCACAAAGAGUGAGGUUAUCAUAGAGGAAGGGAAGUCAAAGAAAAAAGGAAAAAAAGAGAAGAGAAAAAAUGCUGUGGAGGUCAGCGGAGAAGAGGAGACAGAGCCAAAGAAGAAGAAGAAGAAGAGGAAAAAGGCUGACUUAAACGGAGAAGAACCAUUAAUUCUCAAAUGUGAAGAAGUUGAGGAGGAGGGACAGAUCAGUGAAACUCUUGUGACGGCGGCCGGUGACACAAGCAAGAAAAACAAAAGGAAGAAGAGCUCACCUCAGGAGGAAACGCAGGUAGAGGAUGUGUGUUUUGAAACCGGCGCAAAAAAGAAGAAGAAGAAGAAGAUCAAAGAAGAGGUGGAAGACCAACAUGAGUCGCCCCAAGUGGAUGUGGUCUUCCUGUCAGAGAAGACUGGAAACACUGAUGAGACGACCAUCAACCAGGAGAGAAGACAGGCUUUACAAAAGGAGAUUGACAAAGCUUCUCAACCUCAAAAACCAGCUAAACCUUCGGGUUUCGGCCAGUGGAGCACGGCCCAGUUUGAAAGCUCUGAACAGCAGCAGAAGUUCCUCAGGUUGAUGGGCGGCUUCAAAAAGAGUUUCCAGCCGGCUGCGACGAGCACCGGAGGAGCAAAUAUGGCAAUGGGGAAAGAUGGACAGCAGCAGUUACAGCAAAAGCUUUUGGGAGAGUUUGAACGCGCCCAGUCGCGCAGAAUGGACUUCAAUAACAGGGGGGCGGGACUCGGUUUCACUGCACCGUCCAAUAAGAAGUUCGCCAUCGACAUCAAUGCAUGUCGAUCAGUCCGCUUUGACGAUUGAUCAAAGUGUGUGUGGUCAUCUUGAACAGAUGUGUGUGUGUGUAUGGUUUUUAUUUUUUAUGUGUAACGUGUUUUAGCUGCAGAGUUGCGCGCUGUCAUGUUUGCUCAGUUCCACUGAAGAAUCAACCUCUUACAGAUUACUAUGAAGACCUGUAUGUAAAUAAAUAUCAGACAAUGAACACAACACAAAAUGCCCUUUGUACAUACUGUAAAUGAAACAUAUUGUUUAACAGACUGUUAAUGAACCAGACUGUUUUUAUGAGAAUCAGUUUAUCAUAGGAGUUCAUGUGUUAACAUUGUAAUGGCCUGACAGUGUUGUUUUCCUCAUUUCAGUUUUAUUCUGUUAAAGUGUUGCAGACAAAAACAUUUUGAGCGAGUUCAUUGUUUAUAUUCAUUCUCAUGAUGGUAACAAGUGACUACAAGCAUCGUGUGCAGUGUUACAUACCAUGCUGAUUUGACCCGUAUCUCGACUGCACAUUAGAAUAUUUUUCACAAGAGGAAUUAGAGUAAGAGUGUUCAUUAAGGUGUGGAGAGAAAAAAAAAAAAGCUUGCUGCGUCUUUGUGUUUGAGGAGCAAAGUGAGUCUGAUGUUCAGUCACAGCACAGCCAUUGAACCACAGAUUUUUCCUGCCAGUUAAAUAGAUACUUUAAGUGGAGGUGUGUAUGUGUCAAAUACCGAAUAAAAGUUUUAGUUACAAAUCA